AUGCAGCGCGCAUUGACUUCCCGUGCCCGCGCCUCGGCCCUGUCCGGCGCUUACAAGUACCGAUCUGGAGGUAGCCUGGGCCAGCAACUUCGGUUUGCUCACAAGGAACUCAAGUUCGGUGUCGAGGGCCGUGCUGCUCUCCUGGCUGGUGCCGAUACUCUCGCCAAGGCUGUUGCUACCACUCUUGGACCCAAGGGCCGAAAUGUCCUGAUCGAGUCCAGCUUCGGCUCUCCCAAGAUUACCAAGGAUGGUGUUACUGUCGCCAGGGCCAUCAGCCUCAAGGACAAGUUUGAGAACCUCGGCGCCAAGCUGAUCCAAGACGUUGCUUCCAAGACCAACGAGACUGCUGGUGACGGCACCACCAGUGCCACCGUCCUGGCCCGUGCCAUCUUCUCCGAGACCGUCAAGAACGUUGCCGCUGGCUGCAACCCCAUGGACCUGCGCCGCGGUAUCCAGGCUGCAGUCGACUCCGUCGUCGACUUCCUGCAGAAGAACACCCGCGACAUCACCACUAGCGAGGAGGUUGCCCAGGUCGCCACUAUCAGUGCCAACGGUGACCACCACGUUGGCAAGCUGAUUGCCAAUGCCAUGGAGAAGGUUGGCAAGGAGGGUGUCAUCACCGUCAAGGAGGGCAAGACCCUGCAGGACGAGCUCGAGGUCACCGAGGGUAUGCGGUUCGACCGCGGCUACGUUUCCCCUUACUUCAUCACCGACGCCAAGUCUGGCAAGGUCGAGUUCGAGAACCCUCUGAUCCUCCUCUCCGAGAAGAAGAUCUCUGCUGUCCAGGACAUCAUCCCCGCCCUCGAGGCCUCUACCCAGCUCCGCCGCCCCCUUGUCAUUGUUGCCGAGGAUAUUGACGGCGAGGCUCUGGCUGUCUGCAUUCUGAACAAGCUCCGUGGCCAGCUCCAGGUCGCCGCUGUCAAGGCCCCUGGCUUUGGUGACAACCGCAAGUCCAUCCUGGGCGAUCUUGCCGUCCUGACCAACGGAACCGUCUUCUCUGACGAGCUUGACAUCAAGCUUGAGAAGGCCACCCCCGACAUGCUAGGUUCCACCGGCUCCAUCACCAUCACCAAGGAGGACACCAUCCUCCUCAACGGUGAGGGCAGCAAGGAUGCCAUCUCUCAGCGCUGCGAGCAGAUCCGCGGUGUCAUUGCCGACCCCACCACCUCCGAGUACGAGAAGGAGAAGCUCCAGGAGCGUCUGGCCAAGCUUUCUGGCGGUGUUGCCGUCAUCAAGGUCGGUGGCUCCUCCGAGGUUGAGGUCGGCGAGAAGAAGGACCGAUUCGUCGAUGCCCUGAACGCCACCCGCGCUGCCGUCGAGGAGGGUAUCCUGCCCGGUGGUGGCACUGCCCUGAUCAAGGCCUCUUCCCAGGCUCUGAACGACGUCAAGGCUGCCAACUUUGACCAGCAGCUCGGUAUCACCAUUGUCAAGAACGCCAUCACUCGACCUGCCCGAACCAUCAUCGAGAACGCCGGUCUGGAGGGCUCUGUCGUUGUUGGCAAGCUGACCGACGAGUACGGCAGCGACUUCAACCGCGGUUUCGACAGCGCCAAGGGCGAGUACGUUGACAUGAUCCAGGCCGGUAUCCUUGACCCCCUCAAGGUUGUCCGCACUGGUCUCAUUGAUGCCAGCGGCGUUGCUUCGCUGCUGGGUACCACUGAGGUUGCCAUCGUUGAGGCCCCUGAGGAGCGACCUGCCGGUCCUCCCAUGGGUGGCAUGGGUGGCAUGGGAGGAAUGGGCGGUAUGAUGUAA